AUGGGGGAAGUUCUUAAGGAUAUGUCAUUACAAAAAACUCGUAAUCGAUUGGAAGAUUUACAGAAUGAAACAUUACAAAACAUUAACGAUCAGUUAACGAUUUUUGUGGAAGAAAUGAUGAAAGAUGUCGAAAAAUGUGAAGUCUCACAUGAAUUUAAUCAAUUGUUUAAAAACAAAAAUAACACUGAAACCUUCGAUGGAAAAUUACGUGAUAAAAAAUUUACACAUCGAAAUUCACUUUUAACCGAUUUAUUCGCUAUAAAACAUAUAAGUACUAUUUAUAAUAUAUUUAUUGUGAUUAUCUUAUUUUUAUUUUUACAUUCUGCUAUCAGCGAUUACUUUGAAACUGGAAGUAUAAGUUUUGGAAUUUCCACAAUACGAAUUUCAUUUCAAGGAUUUAUUCCGCUUGGUGGAUUAUGGAUUUGUAUGUUUGUUGCAACACUGUUUCUGUACAGUAUUCUCAAUAUUUGGGCUCAUCUUAAUUAUUACACAUUUGGGACCGGUAUUACAUUCUUCUGUGAGCAAAUCCGGUUUAUGAUGAAAUGCCAUGCGUUUGUACGUAGUAACAUAUCAAGUGUGUUAAACUAUAACGAUAUGCUCAAACUACAAUCUGGAACACAUAUUUUACCAAAAUUUUCUAAAUAUUUAUUCUUUUUAUUUGCUCCAACGUUGGUUUAUCAGGAAAACUAUCCAAGGACAAAGGAAAUACGUUGGAGAUUUCUUUUAUGGAAUGUUCUAGAAUUAAUAGUGAUUUUAUUUGUGUGUAGUCAUGUCUUCGAACGACAUGUCCUGGACGUUUACGAGGAUUAUGGUGUGAUCCAUUAUGAUCUCAAAAUAUUGCUGUAUAAAAUUAUCAGUUUAUCUGGUCCAGCGUUAUUCAUAUACUUAGCACUGUUUUACUUAUUUCUGCAUUCAUGGCAUAAUGCUUGGGCCGAAGGUUUACGAUUCGCUGAUCGAUUAUUUUAUAAGGAUUGGUGGAAUGUCUCAAAUUACAGUGAAUAUUUCCGUAAAUGGAAUAUAAUUGUCCAUGAUUGGUUGUACAUUUACAUCUAUAAAGAUUUGUAUGAACAUUUUGGUUGCGACAACAUAUUAUUCCCAUAUUUAAGUGUUUUUAUAAUUUCCUCUGUAUUCCAUGAAUAUAUUCUUGGAAUGGCAAUUCAAGUAUUUUAUCCAGUAUUGCUAAUCUUUUUUACUGCAUUUGGUUGUUUUGCUGUAGUUUUAUCGAAACAAUUAGAAAAAAUUAGUAAAAAUGCUGGUAACAUACUUUUAUGGAUGGGAUUCAGUUUUGGUACUAGUUUAAUAUUUGCAUUAUAUGCAUUAGAACUUUAUGCUCGGCAAAAUUGUGAUUGUCAGAAUGAAUCCAUUUAUGGAUUUUUUAUUCCACGUUCUUGGUUUUGUAAUAAAUAA